AAGUCCAUCAGUCGUCACGCCGCUGGGACUGAUCAUAGGACGCUACAACUUCUCGAAUGGAAACCGUUUGUACGCGGCGUACGAAGGUGUGCCUUACGCCGAGCCGCCGAUAGGAAACUUGAGGUUCAAGGUCGCGAGACCCGUCUCACCUUGGGGAGAAGCUUUGAUAGCGGAUCGAUUCGGUUCACUUUGCCUGCAAUACAAUCUUGCGAAAAAAUUGAUGGGUUCGGCCGGACUGAACCAAUCGGAGGAUUGUCUGUACCUCAACAUCUACACCCCGGUUACGAAAUUCGCAAACGUAAGCAAACCGCUACCCGUGAUAUUCUUCAUUCACGGAGGCGCGUUUAGAUCGGGAAGCGGAGGCAUGUACGGACCCCAAUAUUUGCUCGACAGAGACGUCCUGCUCGUCACGAUUAAUCACAGACUGGGACCAUUGGGAUUUCUGAGUACGGAGGACGACACGGUGCCCGGGAACCUCGGACUCAAGGAUCAAGUAGUCGCGCUUAAAUGGGUCCAGGAUUACAUAAAGUACUUCGGGGGGGAUCGAAACAGCGUGACAAUCGUCGGGCACAGCUCAGGGGGUGUCAGCGUGCAGUAUCACUACCUGACUAACGUCACCAAAGGCUUGUUUCACAGAGGAAUCUCGAUAAGCGGUACCGCUUUGAACAGCUGGGCUCAGAUCGAAGGGUCUCUUGAAAAGGCCAAGAAGGUAGCUACAAUAUUAAAAUGUAACGACACCGACGUCAAAGAAAUGGUGGAAUGUCUGAGGACGCGAAACGCAACAGACAUCGUGCAGGCGACCAGCGCAUUUCUAGGAUGGAUGGACAACCCCUUCGUCCCUUUUGGUCCGGUGGUUGAGAAGGGAGUUGCGAAGGACGAAUUUACUUUUAUCGAUCGUCCGCCCAUCGAAUCACUCAAAUCCAAGAAAGUUCAGGAUCUACCUUGGAUCACGAGCGUCGUUAGCGAAGAUGGCAUCUUUCCGAUCUCCCUACUCACGGCAAACGAAACGGUUCUAAAUGAUCUCAAUAAUAAUUGGGUAAAGUACGCACCUCUUGCGCUCGAUUUCAAUUACACCGUUCCGGCUGACCUGCGGGCCUUGGUAGCAAAUUGCAUAAAGAAAUAUUAUUUCAAAGAUGACGAUAUCCGGAUUUCAACACUCCGCAGGAUCAUCAAAAUGCGCAGUGAUCGUUUGUACUUCUACCACGCCGAAGAAGCAGCGAGAUUACAAGCAGAAGCCACCGAAAGUCCCGUUCUGUUUUACUACUUCUCGUAUAGAGGAGAACACAGUAUAACCGAGGCUCUUACCGGCAGCCAAACGAACUUUGGAGUCAGCCAUCUGGAUGACUUAAGAUACUUACUGCACCCGUCUUUCGACGCAACAAUAACGCUGGAUGAUCGAAACAUGCAAAAGAAGCUGAUCAAUUUUUGGGUGUCUUUUGCAACUAACGGCACCCCCGAAGUAGGAGUGGAUUGGAAAAGAGUGAAAAAGAACACGACGACGCUCCGUUAUCUUCACAUCGCAGAACCUAAUGAUCUUCACGUAACCGAAAGCGAAGAUUUUGGUAAUAAGAACUUUUGGCAGUGGCUUGGUUUUCAGGAGAAUCAUGAUUCUAAGCAACGCGUCUCUCAGGACCAGUAUUGGAAGUAUCUUUCACAAGGCCGAACUGGAAAAGAAUAUGCAGAUGAUCUUGAGAACAACAAAAUAUAAGCAUUAUACAUCUAUCGGAAAUUUUUUACUAACAAUACGAUUUAUUUAUAGUUGUCAUCACAUUUUUUGUGAGAAUUUGAAAAUAGUAUGUAAACGAGUAUUUAUAGUAUGCAUUUAACAUGUGUAAAUUAUUGAUGAGUGUUAUUCCAUGUUUACUGAUGUUUUAAGUAAUUUACGAAUACAAAUAUAUAGAUAUGAGAACCAUGAAAGUUUCCUCAAUAUUCUAACUGAUUAGUACAUAACAGAAUAGUCGAUAGACUAAUCAAUUUUCAUUGCAUAAGUAUAAUUGCAAAAACAAGAUUAGUGUCAAUAAGUAACGUACUGCAAACUGCAAUU